AUGAAGUCGACAACACCGUCGCCAAUCCAGAGGCAGGGGAGCGCUAAGGAGUACUUCAGCGGUGGCGGUGAACGAGAUGAUAGCUACUUCGAUGCACAUCCUUGGUUCGACUCCGAUAACGAGGAAUUUCGUAGUGUAAACGGAGAUUUUGGUUCAUCGCGAAUCAUGGACCGAAUUGAUUCGGAAGAAGCUGAUGAUCGGGACACACUAUCAACUCCUCGAGUACUUAAUCGAUCGUCGACGACGAGUAGCAACACAGGCUACCUUAAUGUGCGACCUUCUAGGUCUUCUUCCAGUGCCAAGAAGCAGCUAAUUGAGUUCUUUAGCGACAGCUUUAGUCGCGAUUUGAGAACGGAGAUGGAAGAAGAAUCGAUCGGCAAACAGCCUUCGGGAGGCUUUCAAAAGUACAGUAGUGGAACCUCUUCUUCAACAAGUACCGACCGAAGCGUGAGCAGUCCACGAGAGUCCAUGUCCAAGCCGAUUUAUAACGAUCCAAGAACGACGACGAGCAAGAAAUCAGCCGUUAAAACCUCUUGCAUUUUGCUGGUCCGGAGCCUCAGCUGUGGUGGCGGUGGUGGUAAUGUUGCUGAGGGUGGCAAGAAGAAGAAGAAGAAGCGUAGCCGUCGCCAUGACUUCAAGCAGUAA